UAACAGCCACAGCUCUGACCGAACAGUAUCUGUACAACUAAUUUCCGUUACAGUGUUGAUCGCUCUACUUACUUAGCCCAUAGGCAUAUUUGAAAUUAACCAGAAGACUAUUUCUGUCCGCGUUUGAACAGCUGGGUCUACUUUUACGCAUGGCAACCUGGGUGACACUCCAGGAGUGACAACUGGACGCACAGGAACCCUGAUCAGUCAUCUUUCUCAAAGUCAUCUUCAUAGAGUUGUUUAUUUGAGUUUCUCUCUUCCAGCUGUCUGCAAUCCUCAUCUGCUGAAGCCAUGUUUUCCAAGGCCACUGCCAACUUUGUCCGUCAGAUUGACCCAGAAGGAAGCCUCAUCCACGUGUCUCGAAUAAAUGACUCACACAAACUGGUUCCCAUGGCACUCGUCGUCAAACGCAACCGCAUCUGGUACUGGCAAAGGCCCAAAUACCAACCGACAGAUUUCACCCUCAGUGACGUGUUGCAGGGAGACAAGGUGCUCAGCCCGGGAGUGUCUGAGACAGCAGAUUUCCUAACCUAUCAGGGGACAUUUGGAGACAAACUGUCUGGGAAGCUGAACACCAAGGCUGGCUCUGCCAGUAUCACAGUGAUGGGGCAGGGCUCGUCCAAGCUCCAAUCAUGUUUUGGCAACUUGAGGAAAGAGGAACUGGAUGUGAAGAAGCUGUUAUGUGACUCCAGCUCCAGGUUGGUGAACAUGCAGCACGUGCUGUUGCAGCAGCUGGAGAAGCAGGCCGAUGUGCUGGCUGUAGUGAAGGAGAGGAUUCUCACCACCAACUCCUGCUCCGUCACCCACUCCAAAAUGGAGCAGUGCACCUUUCAGGGGGUGCUCGGGCUGGUGGGCAUGCUGGGGAGAUCUUUGAAGGUGUGUGUGAAGGACACCAACAACAUUGAGAUGGACAGUAAUAUUUCUUUGGAGAUCCCCGCUGGUACUGUCAUUGCAUACAGCAUCCUGGAACUAGAGAUUAAAAAAGAUGGACGCUAUGAUAUAUGCCUACAACCAAGCGCAAUAGGAGGCUUUGAGACAGACUCGUCGUUGGAUGUCAUGGAUAGCAUGUGCAUUGAGAAGAUUGUUCCACAGAAAGCACAUUUGCAAAAUGGAUCACAAGAGAUGGACUUGUCUCCACUGGCAGAACUUCCCCAGUUAACUCAACAAGCCUUGUUCAAGAAGCUCCAAGAGACAAUCAAGGACAGAGCUGCUCUGUCACUUCUGCAGUGUAUGCUGGAGGAUGAGCUGUCGGAGCCCAGUUCAGAGAGUAGUACUGAAUGCAGCCAGUUUGCCAGUGCUGAUCACCUAAACGCAGCUCACCUGUUGGUCACUGCUAUGGAAGUGUUGCCUGAUGAAACACUGAGCCUCCUGAGUGAGAGUAGUGCUGAUUUUCUGGACGCCUGUGACACACUGAUGUGCAGGUUAAAGGAGAGCAACGGGCCACUCGCCAUCCAGUGUCUUCCUGUCCUGCUGCAGGACAACCAAGCUUUCCAACGGGUAGAACAGCUGCUCAGCUCCACCAGUGUGACACUGAAGAGAGACACCGACAGGGUGUGGACGGAGACAGAAGAUAAAGCAAGUGUUCUCCCUUUUCUCCUCUGCCUCAGCAUACAUGGAUUGUCCUUGCUGUGCAGUGGGCUGAAGUAGUAGGAGUUUCUGCAUGUGCACUUUCUUUUCCUUUUUCAUGGACUAAACUCUGUCCAUUUCUUUCUUUAUUUCUAUUGUGAAGCUAAUUGAGUGUAAGCUUAUUAUAGUUUAUUGCAUAACAUCUUUAUAUCAUUACUAUUAUUGUUCUUUUUUAAAAUAUUCCUUUAUAUUUGAUAUAGUAUUAUACUGAGAAUGUUAUCAUAUUAUUUUUUUGACACAUAUUUUUUUAUUACUUUUUACAUGAUGAGUUGUGAUCCUGCAGUGCAGCUCUGUCUCACUGAGACACAUCAACAGACCAUGUUUGGCACUCGAUCAGGCACUUUAUAUGUCCUGCAAAUGAUUAUUGUUUGGAAUAAAUCCAGUUCCAGUGUU